AUGUUCCAGAGCCUGUGCUUUGCUCUUCUCUGUGGCCUAGCUGCAGCUGCCACCAGCCCAGUUCUGGACCGUCACUGGGAGCUGUGGAAGAAGAUGCACAACAAGGAGUAUUCUGAGCAGCUUGAAGAAUUGGGCCGCAGGCGUAUUUGGGAAGAGAACCUGGAGAUGAUCAAUGUCCACAACCUGGAGACUUCCCUGGGCCUGCACACGUUUGAGCUGGCAAUGAACCACCUGGGAGACCUGACUGGCGAGGAAGUCCUCAGCACCCUCACCGGCACCAGCGUGCCUCCGAACUUGGAAAGAGGUCCAGUCAACUUGAGCAAGGACAUCGACAUCCCAGAGUCUCUGGACUGGAGAGAGAAGGGCCUGGUCUCUGAGGUCAAAAUGCAGGGUUCUUGCGGCUCGUGCUGGGCCUUUAGUGCAGUCGGCGCAUUAGAAGGGCAGCUGAAGAAGACCACAGGCGUCCUCUUGUCGCUGAGUCCUCAGAACUUGGUGGACUGCUCUGGAAAAUAUGGGAACCAUGGCUGCAACGGUGGAUUCAUGACAAGUGCUUUUGAGUAUGUGAUUGAGAACCAGGGCAUUGACUCGGAAAGCUCCUACCCUUAUGUGGCAGUGGUGAGACAAUGCAGGUACAAGCCUGAAAAUCGUGCUGCCAACUGCUCAAACUACGGCAUCUUGCCAGAGGGAGACGAAGAGUCUCUGAAAAUGGCUGUCGCGCUGAUUGGACCCGUCUCUGUUGCCAUUGAUGCGUCCAGACCCAAGUUCCUCUUCUACCACCACGGCGUGUACACAGACCACACAUGCACUCAUGACAUCAACCACGGCGUGCUGGUGGUGGGUUACGGCACUGAGAGGGGACAGGACUACUGGCUGGUCAAGAACAGUUGGAGCCCAAACUAUGGUGACAAAGGCUUCGUCAAAAUGGCUCGCAACAGGAACAACCAGUGUGGAAUCGCUCUCUAUGCCUGUUUCCCCAUCAUGUGA